AUGGAAGCUUCAUCGCACUCCAACAUUUGCGAGGAUGCACAUGUUAUCGAGGAGGCCAUGGAAAGAGAGUCCUCAAGCUUUUGCUUUUUUUUUGUUGGCUUUUCAAAAUCGAUCCCAUUGUUUGAAAGAAAUUCGUUUUUGACCGAACCGUCUGAUUUGAACACAAAGUCAAUGGAGUGGAUGGCCUCUUCCGACUUGCAAAGGUUCUCGGCCAAGGAAAUGGAUGUAACAUCCACUUCCGUUAUCACACCUUCGGAAUGUAUAAGGCCUGCAGAUGUUUGCAUAUUUGACUGGGGCUUUAGCAAAGGCGAUUGGCUCAAGGUAGACGACGGCUUUGGCGACGGGGACCCAUUUCCGGACUGUGUUGUAGAGGGCGUAGAAGACGCAAAUGUCAUGAGGAAUAAUAAAUAA